CAUAAGAGGAGUAAAAAAUGGCACAACAAAAUGAUGGGUGUUUUUACAUCGAACUUUGUAAAAACCCUAUACGUUUCGACCCAGUUGAUAAAGUUACAAAUGUAUUCUAUGAUGACGCUAACAGACAGGUAUUUGCAGUACGUUCCUGUGGAGCUAUGGGAGUGGUGGUUAAAGGACCAAAAGAUAGCAACUCUCUUACAUUCAGAAUGGAAAGCAGAGGAGAUGUUUUAUCUAUAAAAUUUUCUGCGGACAAAAGAAUUCUAGGUGUACAAAGAUCACAGAAAUCAGUUGAAUUUAUAAAUUUUUCACCUGAUGGAACAACAGAUCAGUUAGAAUACUCACAGACAUGUAAGGGCAGGUCUACAAUUAUUAAUGGAUUUGUGUGGACAGCAAUUAAUGAAAUAUGCUUUAUAACAGAUCACGGAAUAGAAUUUUACCAGGUUACCCCUGAAAGACGGACACUCAAGUGUUUAAAGACUAUAAAUGUUAGUGUUGUAUGGCAUAAAUGGCUGGCUGAAAGCAAUUUACUGUUGAUUGCCUCAGGUAACCUAAGCAACACCUUGAAUCCUUUUUAUUUUCGAGCAGGAUCUGUGAUUAAAUUGCCGAAGUUUGAAGUUGAUCUUCCAGUUGUUCCAAAACAGACAAAACCAAAUUUAAUGGAAAGAGAUGUUUCUAUGGCAACCAUAUAUAACCAGUUAUAUAUUGUAAUACUCAGACAUCAACCAAGACCGGGAUCACAAGGAGCUGAAAUUGUAUUGUACCAGAUAUCAAGGGACACACCAGCACGUAAAACAGAUGUUUUAAGAUUAGAUAUGAGUGGAAGAUUUGCUAUAAAUGUUGCUGAUAAUUUAAUAGUGGUCCAUCAUCAAGCUUCUAAGACAUCUGUUAUAUUUGAUACCCAAUUAGAAACAGAGACCGAUGGUUUUGCCAAAUAUCAUUAUCCUGUUGUAUCACCACUGCCUCUCAAACCAUUUAAGCUACUUUUGCCGUCUCUUUGUGUUCAAGAAAAUAAAAUGAUGGAGUACAAUUGUGAAUUAUAUUCAGCCAACUGGAUAGUUUUCCAGCCAAAUAUUGUUAUAGAUGCUAAAUUAGGAUGUUUGUGGUAUGUAGAGUUGAAGUUAGAACCUUUAGUUACAAUGAUACCAGACAAGAGUCGUCUGAUGAAACUUUUAUUACUUCGAAAAGAUAGUAAAGCAGUAAUAUUAUCUGUAUGUCGAGAAAUGUUAAAACCAGGACAACAGGCUGAUUUAUCUACAAUAGCCAGAAUAUUAGAUAUGCUGAAUAAAGUUUACCAACAACAUUUAGAAAAAGAGGUGUUAAUACUGGCUGGUGAGAAUCCUGCCCCUGAUUUCAACCAAGCACAAGUUAUAGUAGACCAGUCAGAAAUGUAUACUCAUGUAUUCUCAGAAUUUGAAGAUAAUGAGGAGAUAAAAUAUAAGUUUAAAGUAGCAGUAUUAAUAGAAUAUAUAAGAUCAUUGAGCCAAUGUAACAUUCCUGUUCAGCAUUACCUGUAUGAAUUGAUCAUCAAUAUUUUAGUGAGAAAUAAUUGUUUUUACCAACUGCAUCAGUUUUUACAGUACCAUGUGUUAGCCGAUUCAAAACCGUUAGCUUGUUUGAUGUUGUCUUUAGAACAUGUAUAUGCUCCGGCUCAUCAGUUGGCUCUAGACAUGUUAAAGAGAGUAUCAACAGCAAAUGAAGAAAUAAUUGAGGUGCUAUUAUCAAAACAUCAGUUACUUCCUGCUGUAAGGUUUAUUAGAAGUGUAGGGAUAGUAGAUACAGUAUCAGCCAGGAAAUUUUUAGAAGCAGCCAUGAACACAGAUGAUUCAAUGUUAUUUUAUACAGUGUUUAAAUUUUUUGAGCAAAGAAAUAUCAGAUUAAGACAAAAUCCUAGAUUCCCUGCAGGUGAGCAUUGUGAAGAAUAUGUAAAACAUUUUGAAGGAUUAUUUGGAACAGAUGCUCUUGCUUCAUUAGCAGCAUAAUGAUGAUGUGCUUAUAUUACAAUGAUCUUGGAUAUAUUCUGUGCAAUACUUGUUACUUUACUACAGAUACCUAACACUUGUUAAUAUGACAAUGAAAUUGAUUUAUACUCUGUGAUAAUAUUUAUAAUAAAAUGAAAAAAAGA